CUUUAGAACUUAAAAUGGAGCAUUAUGAGAAACAGGAGACUCGUUGUGUCGAUGACGACAGUGAUGAAAUGCCUGGUAUACUUGCUGGAUCGGUGGUGCACAUGAAGGUGAACCCGGGUAGCAAGAUCAGAAAUCUAGUUGAAUAUGCUAAAAGACGAAUAAAGGAAAGGGAGACUAAGCAGCUCACGUGGAAUGGGGCAGGAAAGGGAACCUCAAAAGCCAUCUCGUGUGCUGAGAUAUUCAAACGAUUGGUCCUUCCAAACAUUAAGCUUCAUCAAAUUACCAAAAUCAAAUUCAAAAGAGUUGAAGAAAUCUGGAAACCCAAGGUAGAAGGCUUGGAUGUGUUGAAGGUGAAUGUUGAUAUUCCAGCCAUCAGUAUUCUCUUAUCAAAGGAGCCUUUGGAUUCAUUUGAACCUGGGUACCAGCCUCCAGGUCCAUUUGAUGUUUACUGGAGAGGCAAAAUUGAAGAUGAAAAUAGCAGCGAGAACAAGACACAAAAGUCAAAACGAGGUGCUAGGACCAGUGUUGGAAAACCUGAUGUAAAGUUUCAGAAAAAGCAAAAAUCGCAUCAAGAUUCAAACAGAGCUGCAAGUGCUGCAUAUGGUAAGAAAGAGACUAAACAACGUAAGAAUGAGAAGAGACGUGCUAGUGAGGAAACACGACGAGAUGCUAAGGGCGAUGAGAGGAACAAGGAUAAAACUCUAAAGCAAUCCGUUGAUUCUAAAAAGGAGACUGGAUCUGAUGGUAAUAGAACUUUGCAUCAGCCUGUGCAAGUCAAUAUCAAUGUGGAGGAGCCCAUGGAAAGCUAGUCUCGGAGUGAUGUACUGCCACCAUGAGAUGUUUUGACGUGGAAGAAGGUGCAAAUCAUUCGAAGCUCUGCUCUGGCAUUAGCAAGGCAGAUGACAGAUUCGGGUCGUAAGGCAUCUUGGGUCAGUAUGAUAAGCAGAAAGGGCGGGCAGGAAGGCCAUACUUCAUGCGUUUCCAGCUGAAAAAAUUGCAGAAGUGCAAAAUACCCCUCUGCCCUGGUGAUUUCCUCAAUAUCUACCAUACCCAAAAUAAAUAUUACUAGCUUGUAAGUGUUAGAUGACUGAAAGGCGAAGUCAGUAAAACAUUUUUGGUGAAAAUAUCUUUUUAUCCACCUCUGGGGAGCUUAUACAAACCGUGGUGUCCGUCGUCGGCGUCCGUUAGCGGAGCACGUUUCGUCACCACUAGGGCAAGAUAGCUAAAACUUGGUGUGAUGGUAGCUUUGGGCAAUAUGCCCAGAAGUAUUUGUCUUUUUCGCGAUAUGACCUUCUUUCUGGCCUCCAGAGAGCCAUCUUGGAAAUAGUUUUUUUGCGUUUUUGAAGCUAAUGGUUGUACGUAGAGUGACGAAAUUUUUAUGGUGGGUGCACCUAAUAAGGUUAAAUGACAUAUCGCCCGGGUUUUUGAUUUGACCUACUUUUCAAGGUCACAGAGGUCAAAGUUCACGAAAUCGCCGAUAGGUGGCACGUUUCGUUUCCAUUUGAGCUAGAAGGUUCUGAAGUUGUGAGGAGAUAUUAGCUGCUCAGCGCAAUAGUGGUCUAACUCCACUUUUGGUAGUUUUGAGAAAACACCUGACGAAGUCUAGAGGUCAUAAAAAAAUCAGCUGACCAUGAUCAUCAUCCUCAUUGGCACAAUUUGAAAUCUUGGAAUCUCCUUUGUUUUGGCCCAUAAUCAAUUUUGAUUUGAAUAACCGUGUUUAAAAUUUUGAUUGAUUGUUUUUCCCACAAUUUGUGAAUUUUGUGAAUUUGUGAGAUAGACCACUCUUGCACUAACCGUUUCGGCAUAUGAACUAUGAACUGAGUUGGACCAAGUCAUGUAAUUCAUCAUAAAAGUAACUUAUACGUUUUAUUCAUCUAAAAUAAACCAGUUUAGAAAGAAAAAAGGUAGAUAAAACAUCGCACUGUCUACAGAUACAGGACCCGUCAUAUACAAUAACUAGCAUUAUACCCGUGGCGCAGGCAGGUUCAAAUGGGCUAUAUCUUGAAUAGAUUAAAUUGCAAUGAAAACCUAAUGCAAUACCAAAGGAGCAAUAUCGAAGAGACAAAUUAAUCAAACCAUUUGUCCACAGACUCGGACCUAGCUGUAGCGUGCUGUAUGCGUGCAUAAAAGGUAUAUCAAUUGGUCCGAUAGAGAUGAUGACUGAGGCAAUGUCAGUGUGCCUCGUUCCUUAGUCAGCAAUAUGCCCCUUUUUAUACGGAGAAGAAGAGGGAGAACUCAGAUAGGCCUUCACAUGUCGGCUUCCAAAUGGCUCGAACCAACUGUACUAUCACUACUAUAACUUAAAGGCCAUAUAUCAAGGUUUGAAAACAUGCUUGAUACUCAUGAAAUAUGUUGAGGGUUAAAAAAACAAGAUCCC